AGAAAAAUAGGCGGCAUGUAAGUGGCGGUUUGAAGAUUUGCACCGCUCAUAGAUCAGAGUCGGCUUUCAGCAUCUGCAGCAAAAAAAGAUGCCUUCAAGACUGCCCGGGCCUGGGCCCAGGCGUGCCGUUUUCAUCCUUUCGGCACGGCCAAGAGGCGUCUGCUUUUCCACACAAUCCACGACAGCAUACCCGGCCUCACGAGAACAGAUUAUAAACUCAAUACAAAAACCACCAGUGCCAUCGACGUCCAACCAAAACGUACCAAUCACCUACGUCUCGUUCCUCCCGGGCCCCUCCAACAUCCCCGACGCGCCGCUGGCCAUCCCGUCCAAAUGUCUCGCGUCGCAGAUCCGCGCCGCCGACAGGAUGGUGCUGACGAGCGGCCUGCCAAAGUUCCUCUACUCGGCGCGGCGGUUCCAGGAAAUCCCCCGCAACACGCUCGUGCCCGAGAUCUGCCUACUCGGCCGCUCCAACGUCGGCAAGUCGACCAUGAUCAACGGUAUCGCCGGCAUGCACCCGAGCAAGACGGGCAACGUGGACAAGACCCUGGCCAAGAAGGGCUCCGGCGACUGGGGCAUCGCGGGCCUGGCCGUCACGAGCCGCAAGGCCGGCUGCACGCAGACCCUCAAUUGCUACGGCUUCGGGCCGGCUCCAUCGAUCCAGGUGCGAGGGUGUGAACUGCUACAGCCGCAGGAGACGGAGGGUGCCGAGGCGGCUAGGGGGGCCGUCGGGGGCAGGUCGAGGAGCGAGGUCCGCGAGGACGCCAAAGAGAGGGCCAAGAAUCGCGAGAGGCACAACCAUUCGCUGUACAUCAUGGACAUGCCCGGUUACGGACACAACUCGCGCGAUGAGUGGGGCAACGAGAUCGUCAAGUACAUUCAGAAGCGGAAGAUGCUCAAGGGAGCGGUGCUGCUGAUCGACGCGGCGGCGGGCUUCAAGGAAGGGGACCGCGUCACGCUGCAGCUUUUGCGCGAUGCACAAGUCAGGACACUCGUCGUCCUGACAAAGGCCAACAAGGCGGCGCUGGCCUUUGACCCGGCGGGGCUAACCAACAACGCCCUUGGAAACGAUCACCCAAUCGUCAAGGCCUGCGCCCAGGUCUGGGAGGAGCUGAGGAGGACGGAACGGGAGGUCCCCCAGGAAAAGUGGACCGAGGGCAACGGCUGGGAGAGGAACAUCUUCGUCACGGCCGCGCACAGCAGCCAAGAGGGGCGCACCAAGGACGCUGCCUCGUUCGGCCUGUCGGGUGUCAGGCUUGCCCUCUGUGACAUGGCUGGUCUAAUCCCCGAUGUACAGUCAAAGCCGAACGAUGCGUCCACGGUAGUGCCCAGCAAGACAAAGCCCACGUCUCCUUCAAAGAUCGUCUCGUUCAACGACAUCAUGUGGGCUCCGACGACGCUGCCGCCAUCUGGCCAGGCCCUGGACCAGCCGCCUCCAAAUCCUGAGCCGACCAUUGAUCCGUUCGAAGCUGCAUUUGGUGCAAUCCCCGACGCGGACACCGGAAAGGGCAGGAAUAAGAAGAAGAAGCCAAUUGCGCACGCUGCCAGCCCGAAGGGCUCAUUUGAUGCAUUCAGCUGGGCCGAUGAGCAGCGUGCUCCCAAGAAAAGUUGGUCAAGCCAGACGACACCCUCAAGACCGGGCAAGUCAACAUCAAUAAAGAGAAGAACCUCUCUAGGCGUGACUCCAUUAGACUCGCUUGAUGUGGCCUUCCUCGGUAGCGCGGCGACUUCCAAGGUUAAGCCAAAGAAGGAGCGUCAAUCUAGGCCUACAUUUUGAGCGCUGAGGGACAAAGCCGUUUCUUUGCACAAUCAUGCUGUAUAACUUUGUAACACUCAUUGUAUCAUAUACCCAACUGCACAUAGACUAGUUUCUAGAGAUUUCUUUGGUAUAAUAUUAUGGGCCAGGAUGAACGGAAUGGCGAUAUGGCUUGCUUGCAGCUCAAGGCCGGAAUGACCCUGGACAAAUGAAUGUGACGUCUAAGCCCAGCCUAAAUUGUACCUGAACGCCGACGGAUACCUCGAUCUUGUUUGCUAUUCAACAACUUCUAAUCUCACCAAUGGUUCAGGUUUCCGAGCACCGGAGACCAUUAUCCAAAUACAAAACAAGAAGCUCAGUCUCUAACGCGC